GUAAGAAAACAUUCGUUUCAGACGCAACGCGAACCUGUAUGUUACUAAAGCCGUUGUGGCGUGCCGCUGUUAACAGUCUGCGUCUUCAAAAGCUAACGUUCUUUCACGUUUUUGGCGCGAGCGUUCGGUCGCUUAUCGCUCGUGGGACAGGUUUACGCACCAGUAGCGCGUCUGUGGCCAAUGCCACCUGCUCACCGAAACCAAAUCUUUGAGAUUGAGCGGAAUACAAAAGCAGGCCAGGACGAGUUCGCUAGCCACGUCGCGUGCACUACAGCGGUUAGCUGUCACAAGGAUCUCCAUUGGUCUCCAUGCAUGGUUUGAGUUAAUAUCGGCGAACAUCAACAGAAAUGUCAGACACUAAUAAAGAAGUAGUGGAUCUGGUGUGGGGCAGACCCAGUGGCGGAGGAGUGCCUGCGUCCCUCUUCCGCAGGUGGUCACAAGGCUUUGUGUUCAGUGAGGCUGAACGCUCUGCACUGGAGCAGUUUGAAGGUGGACCGUGUGCUGUCAUUGCACCUGUGCAGGCUUUCCUGUUGAAGAACAUUUUGUUUAACACUGAAGGCUCAAACUGGAAAGAUAUCUCAGAGGAAGAGCAGAGGACAGUCCUGUGCUCCACCCUCAGCGAGAUCCUGGAGUCUGCCUGCCUCAGUAAGACACAGGCCUUUCACCUGGCCACUUUGCCUCGUGCUAAAACCACAGACAGCAGUGACAUCACUGACAGCCACCCGGAGCCUGAGUCAAGCCAACCUACCGACACACCGACUGCUUUGGCUGCUGAGGAGCUUGGCUUUGAGAGGUUUCACAGCAUCAUACAGAAGAGGACUCUCAGGACUGAGGUGGAGUUGAGAGAGGUGGUGCUGUCACUGUACGACACUUGGAAGAACAAAUUUGGGGUUCUGCUAUUUCUGUACUCUGUCAUACUUACAAAGGGAAUUGAGAACAUAAAGAAUGAGAUUGAAGACACCACUGAACCUCUGAUUGACCCUGUGUAUGGCCACGGCAGCCAGAGUCUAAUCAACCUUCUGGUGACAGGUCAUGCUGUAUCUAACGUUUGGGACGGUGAUAGAGAAUGUUCUGGAAUGAAGCUUCGUGGCAUCCAUCAGCAGGCCUCUGUUGGCUUCCUCACACUAAUGGAGUCACUGCGCUAUUGCAAGGUUGGCGCAUUUCUCAAAUCUCCAAAGUUCCCUAUUUGGAUCCUUGGCAGUGAGACUCAUCUUUCAGUAUUCUUCACUAAGAAACUCAACUCUGUCCUCAGUGUGGCCAUCUCAGUUUCACAGCUUCCUGUGCAGGCUCCUUGUGAACCAGGUUUCUGGAUGGUUUCCACAUCAGGCUUUGUAGCUGACGGAGAGUCUGAUUCACUCUACUUGUUGUUGAGGAAGUAG